GCUUCACACCGGUGCGCUCCUUCAAGGUGAUGAGAAAAAAAGCAAGUUGUCAGGUUAUCAGUGGACAGCCACGGCUUCUGUCGGGACGCAGAGCGCGGCAGCAUGAUCCCAGUGGGUGAAUUCAAAAACUUUGGGAUCGAUUCAAACUCCCAGUUCCGGGUCCUGAAACCAUGGUGGGAUGUUUUGUCGGAGUACCUCUGCAUUGCGAUGCUCAUGAUUGGUGUAUUUGGCUGCACCCUGCAGCUCACCCAAGACAAGAUUGCAUGUCUGCCCAGCCAUAUCACCAGCCCUGUGAAAGACGCAAUAAACUGCAGCUACAUCACUGACCAUGAACCCAACAAGACGUCAGACAGAACGCUAGCCAAGUCUGUCAGCCCCAUCGUAAAGGAGGUGUUUGGUCGCAAGAAUAACCUGGACAUUCACCAAUACUUAUUUGUCAACCACUAUUGCUACGAGCGGUUUGUGCACUGGUAUGCUAAGUACUUUCCGUACCUUGUGGUGAUCCACACUAUGAUCUUCAUGAUAGCGAGUAGCUUCUGGUUCAAAUUCCCUGGGACAUCAUCUAAAAUAGACCUUUUUGUCAACAUUUUGGGGAAGUGCUUUGACUCACCCUGGACCACAAGGGCCUUGAGUGAGGUUUCAGAGGAGAGAGGAGAGGAGAAGCUGGUGAGUUUGAGGAGGAACACCAUGUCGAAAGAUUUUAAGGACCGGGCAGAUGAAGAGGAGACCAUAGGGCUUAUUCGCUCCGCCUCUGUAAAGUCUAAUCCUGAAAAGAAAACUCCGGAGCCUCAGUCUACGCCUUCUGUGUUGGACAAAAAGGAGGGAGAGCAGGCCAAAGCUCUUUUUGAAAAGGUCAAGAAGUUUCGAACUCAUGUAGAGGAGGCAGAUAUCUUGUACCUUAUGUAUGUACUACAAACCUCUCUCAAAGUCUUCAAGUUCCUCAUAAUCAUCAUUUAUACUGCAGUGCUAGUAUCAAACAUUGAAAUUGUUGUGCGCUGUGAUGUCCCUCCUGACCUGACUGGCUUUGACAUCUAUUGCUGCAACCACACCAAAGCCCAUCUUUUCUCCAAGCUUGCUUACUGCUACAUCUGCUUUGUAGGAGUGUAUGGACUCAUGUGCAUCUACACCCUCUACUGGGUGUUCCACCGACCUCUGAAGGAGUACUCCUUUGAGUAUGUCCGACUGGAGACGGGUAUCAACGACAUACCAGAUGUAAAGAACGACUUUGCUUUCCUGCUUCACCUUGUGGACCAGUAUGAUGCUCUUUAUCCUAAAAGGUUUGCAGUUUUUCUGUCUGAGGUCAGUGAGAGCCACCUUCACCAGCUCAACCUUAACUAUGAAUGGACCAACAAAAAGCUGCGCACUCACCUGACCAAGAACUCCAACGAUAAAUUAGAGCUCUAUCUUUUAGGGCUGCCAGGGCUGCCGGACACCAUAUUUGAGAUUACAGAAAUUGAAUCACUCAAGCUGGAGCAAGUUAAAAAUGCCACCAUUCCGGCUUCUGUGGCGAAGCUGGAAUCUUUGCAGCAGUUGUCCUUGAUCUACUGUCCCGCAAAGAUGCAACUGCCUGCCGUAAACCACCUCAAAGAGCGAUUAAAGGUUUUACGUCUGACUUUUGAGACUUCAGAGGAGAUCCCUUUGUGGAUGUAUUCUCUUCAUUCUCUGGAGGAGUUAUAUCUUACUGGUCCUUUGAUCAGUGAGGUGUCCAAAAGCGGUACCCUAGAAUCCCUGCGAUCUCUAAGUUCUUUAAGGCUCCUCAGUCUACGGUCCAACCUUAGAAAGAUACCACCCAGUAUCGUGGAUCUGGCAGCACAGUUAGAGAGGUUGUGCAUCCACAAUGAAGGGGUCAAGCUCCAGGCUUUUAGCAGCCUGAAGAAGUUAACAAACCUAGUUUCAUUAGAGCUGUCAGGUUGUGACCUUGAACGCAUCCCAAGUGCUGUUUUCAGCCUCAACAACUUGCAGGAGCUGGACCUGAAGGACAACAAGCUCACCACUGUGGAAGAGAUCCUGAGUCUGCAGCACUGUCGGCGUUUGGUGACUCUCCGUCUGUGGCACAAUAAAAUAUCCUACAUUCCUGAACAUAUCACUAAGCUGCGCACACUGGAGACGCUGGACAUAAGCUGGAAUAAGCUGAAAAAGCUUCCGUCUCGGCUGUUUUACUGCACCAAACUAAGGCACCUCGAUGUCUCUCACAAUCAGAUCACAUAUCUUCCUCCAGAAGUGAGCAUCCUGCAGGGUCUUCAGUUCUUCUCUGCUGCCUUCAACUCCCUAGAGGCUCUGCCAGAGGAGCUGUAUUCCUGUAAACAUUUAAAGACACUGGUUCUCUGUAACAAUUGCCUUUCAUCUCUUAGCUCCAGAGUGGAAAAUUUAGCCCAGCUGGUGCGGCUGGAUAUUAAGGGAAACCGCCUAGAGUCUCUACCAGUGGAGAUAGGGGACUGUCCUCUGCUGAGACGCAGUGGAUUGAUAGUAGAGGACAGCCUGUUUGACCUGUUGCCUUCAGACAUACGAAACAAGCUGAGUCAAGGCUGAAACUGAAAGCUUGGGACAGUCACAGACUUGGACAUUAAUAAUUGGCCAGUUUGCUUCUUCAGUCAGUUGUAGAAAAAAAACACUUUAAAUUGUCUUGAACUUUUAUUAAAGAUCUUGUUUUUAAGAACCUGUUUUUUGGUCAUGGAUGGGGGGGUCAAGAUAAAAUGUCUGAAGACAGGAUUCCCCUUCAUACAUACACAAUCCAAGGAUCCAGCACUGCAGCCGGUUUAACUGUUGCGGGCGAGUAUUUUAACACAGAUCCAUGUUGUUUUUGUCUUAGUAUGUUUGUGCCGUUUUCCUGUAAAACAGGUUUUGUAUAGCCUGGUGAGGUGUGUCCCAACCAUGUUGAGUCAUGAGCUCUCCUUUAGGUUUAAAAAGAAUAGAAGAAAAACACCUUUUUAGAUGGUCAUCAACACUAAGUAAACAUUUACAUUUUGUAUGUUAUUUCUUGAAGUUUUAGUAUCAAUACAGCAUUGCAAUUGUUUUACCAAACUGAAAGGAAAAGCAUGCCUCUUGAGUGACUGCAUAAAAUGACUGCUCAGUUAAAUUCUUGCUCCUUUUAUUUAUCUGGAGGGUAUAAAACAAAAUUGAAUUCUUUUGUGCCUUCAACUGUAAUGCAGUCAUGCUCUGCAAGCCAGAACAUGACUACAAAACAGGAUCCUAGGAGUAGAAUGAACAUGCAUACCUCUGCUGUUAAAGCUACAAUGACCUUCUCUGUGUAUAUCGUACUAUGUUACAGAUCAGGAUUCAGGUUAACUUAAGGAAGGUCUUGAAGUGGCUCAAACAAAAUUAGCUGCAGGUUCUAUGCCUUCA